AUGAAGAAGAAGCAUCUUAAAGAACUCCCGAAUCACUAUAUUUUACCACGAUGGAUCCUUAAUGUUAGGUACAAACUAGGUAGUGCUAGUAUCGGACUCGAAGAAAUGAAUAAUGAAAAUGGAGUUAGUGCCUACACACUAUGGUGUGUCCGUUCAAAUUUUACUAAACUAAUUGAACAAGCUAGAGACUCCCCUUCAGAGAUACAAAAAGUCAAUACACUAUUGAUAAGUCUUUUGCAUGAUCAAACAAAUCAAAAGAAAUCUAUGUCUUUGGAGAAUGCAUCUCAAGGUUCUUGUAUGGGAGUUUCGCAAAUAGAUAUGAUGCCACAAUUAUCUGUCCGUGAUCCUCUUGGUCCAACUACCACAAAAGGCGUCCUAAAAUUGCUAGUAGAAUUAGAUCUUCUUUAG